UUUCCUGAAGAGCGCAGUUUCACAAAAAUCCGAGAGCAGCAGCUUUUACCAGUUAAUUAGAUGUUUUACUGUGCACUAAAGCUAUCGGCUGGCCAUACUCCCCUUUCCCCUCACACUUCAUCAUGUUCAGCUGGGCGCUUCUCCUAUAACAGCCGCACGGAGAGCAAACAUCGCGAGAAGUCCUCUCACUGAUCCUUCCCAGGAUGCCUUGCUUUACAGACUUGGAGGACGAUGAGCUGCGAAAUUUAAAAAGCAGUGAAUUAGAGCAAUUUGCUUUACAUAAAGUAAAGCUGUGUUACAAAAAUAAAGACACUGCAGUGGAAAACUAUGGCAAAAUAUAUUUCUAACCUAUCCAGGAUUGCUGUUGUCAGAGGAAGAGUUUCAGUAAGUACUUUGGUGAAAUAUCCCAGAAUAGUGCUUGGGAUAGAAACAAGCUGUGAUGAUACCGGGGCUGCAGUUGUAGAUGAAAAUGGAACAAUACUUGGGGAAGCCCUUCAUUGUCAAAAGGACAUACAUUUAAAGACUGGAGGUAUUAUUCCUACUGUGGCCCAGCACCUUCACAGAGACAACAUUACAAAAGUUGUGAAUAAAGCCAUCCAUGCCAGCGGGAUUUCUCCUUAUGAACUUUCUGCUAUUGCUACCACUGUCAAACCUGGACUUGGUCUGUGUCUUGGAGUAGGCCUUUCAUAUAGUCUAGAUUUGGUGAAUAAAUAUCAUAAACCAUUUAUUCCCAUACACCACAUGGAAGCCCAUGCACUGACUGUUAGACUUUUACACCCUGUGGAGUUUCCUUUCUUGGUUCUGUUGAUAUCAGGAGGUCACUGUAUCUUAGCCAUAGUCAGUGGAGUAUCAGAGUUUGUGAUGCUUGGCCAUUCUUUGGAUGAAGCCCCAGGAGACACACUGGACAAGGUUGCAAGACGGCUGUCAUUAAUAAACCACCCACAGUGCUCAGGCAUGAGUGGAGGAGAAGCAAUAGAACACUUGGCUUUACAUGGGAACAGAAAGAUUUGCAAACUGAAGAUUCCAAUGUCACACCACCGAGACUGCAAUUUUUCUUUUGCUGGGCUACGUAACCAAGUAAACAAGGUCAUCGAACAAAAGGAAGCAGAAAAAGGUAUAAGUAAGGGACAACUGUUACCUUGUGUAGCAGAUAUUGCUGCUGCUGUCCAGCACACAGUGGCUCUUCAUUUAGCCCAGCGAACACAGCGAGCUAUUUACUACUGCAAAAGAGAAGGACUGAUACCAACUGAGCGGGCAUGCUUGGUUGUAUCUGGUGGAGUUGCUAGCAAUCGUUAUAUAAGAAAAGCUCUGCAAACUGUAACUCAUGAAUCAGAUAUGACUUUGUUGUGUCCCCCACCAAGGCUUUGCACAGACAAUGGAGUUAUGAUUGCAUGGAAUGGGAUUGAGAAAUUACAGAGCGGUGUUGGUGUUCUGCAUAAUGCAGAUGGUGCCUGCUAUGAAUCAAGAGCUUCUCUUGGAAGAGAUAUUUCAGAACUUGUGAGAAAAGCUGCAAUUAAAGUGCAACCUAUAAAGAUACUUUCUUGAGAUUUCCGUCUCUUUCUGGAUGCUAAAUUCUUGUUUUAAUAUGAAUAUACGAUAAUGAAAUAUCACAAAAACAUUUUUACCAUUCCAUAAAUACUGUUCCUGUAACCAUAACACUGUAGACAAAGACUGUGCCAAUUCAGAGCAUUAUUUUAUUAUAAUGAUAAUAUUUACUUUGAUGAAGAUUUCUGAGUGAAUUCCAAUAAAAAUUGCUACUAAACUGCUUGAA